CAGUCAACUUCAAAAUGUCGAUUGCCAACAGUUACCUUGAUAACAGCACUGAAGAAAUCAUGAACGAUAAUGAAAUCAACAUCUCGAACAACACCUUGUCCCCCUGUGUUAAACAAGAGAACGUGUCGCUCAACUCAGACGACAAAGAGUUGGAGGAAAUCAAAGCCAGAGUGCAGGAAAUGGAAGAUGAAUCGGAGAAACUGAAGCAACUGCAGGCCGAAAUCGACAAGCAAAUGCAGCUGGAUAGUCCGCCGCUCAACUACCUCAACCAGUCCCUCGAGGAAAAGAUCGAGGCGGACAAUCGCAGCGUGUACGUAGGAAACGUCGACUACGGUGCCACCUCGGAGGAGCUGAUCAAUCAUUUCCGGGGCUGUGGCAUUAUUAACCGCGUCAAGAUCCAGCACAACAAGUUCGAUGGGAAGCCGAAGGGCUUCGCCUACAUCGAGUUCGAUCACAAGGACUCGGUGGGUGUUGCGAUGGCCAUGGACGAGUCCCUGUUGAGAGGGCGUCAGAUCAAGGUGAUGCCGAAGAGGACCAAUCGUCCCGGCAUUUCCACCACUCACCGUGCGCCCAGAGGAAGGAAUCUGUUCAGAGGAAGAGGAGGCAGAGGACGUGGUUCCAGAGGGUUUACUAGGCCUUUCAGAAGGCCUGGACGUGGAUUUUAUAAUCCGUAUUGAUCAUUGAUAUAGUUUUAGUUACAAAUUUAUUCAUAUUUGGCGUCUCUGUUUAUUUUACUCCCAGUUUUUGUCACAAUUAUUGUUGUUUAUUUAUUUUAAAAUAUUUUGUCUAUUAUUUUUACUCAUCGUCAUGGCCAUAUCAGGAUUAUUUCUAUUGAUAAACUGAACUUUUUGGAUUAUUAUUCGAUAAUAAAUAUUUUUAUGUCGAUAA